AUGGAGGAAGUACAACAGAUGAUACCAGGGAUUGAAGAAAUUGAUGUGCUCGACUCGUGUUCGAAUGAAGAUGUUCAAGAUAAGCAGGAGAAAGAGCUGGAUCGCGUAGAAGAAGAGGAUGAAGAUUGUUCUUGCUCAGUCGAUGAAGAUGGUUUUGGCUCAAUCGAUGAAGAUGGUUCUGGCUCAGAGGAAGAAGGAGAUGGUUCUGGCUUAGAAGAAGUGGAAGGAGAUAGUGAUGGAGAAGAAGAAGAAGAAGAAGAGGAAGGAGAUGGGGAGGGCGAAGAAGGUGACCAUGGUGAAGAGAUUGUUGAAAUUCCAAUCAAUGGUGUAGAAGACAUGAGCGGAGUCAAUUUUAAGGAGUUAACAGUGAAUGAACUAAUUGGAUUUCACUUUCCGAAUCGCGAGGUGGGAUUCCUGUUCUACAGUUGGUAUGCAAGGAUGCAUGGUUUUGCUGCUCGUAAGUCCAGGACAUUCAAAAACACAAAGGGUGAUGUUAUUCAACAGUCAUUUGUGUGUUUUAGGGAAGGUAAAAGGAAAGAGACUUAUGGAGAUUGUUUGAAGCGGAAGUGUUUUCCUAGAAAAGAAACAAGAUGUGGUUGCCAUGCGCAUUUGCAGUUGCACAUUGACAUUGAAGACAAACGAUGGUAUGUUAGAUCUAUUUAUGAUGAACACAAUCACAAGCUGGUUGAUCUUAGUUUGGUCGGUUUGUUACCUUCACAUAGGAGGAUGAAUGAGGGUGAUAUCUUGCAAAUGAACAACAUGACCAAAGUAGGUGUUAGUACUCCACUAUCAUAUGGUGUUUUUGCCAAUCAGAUGGGUGGGUAUGAAAAUGUCCCAUUUAGUAAGAACAAUAUGUAUUUCCAGCAAGAUAAGCAAUGGAGGAAAGAUGUUGUUGAUGCUAGAGGUGUGCUUAGCUACUUACGUUUGUUGAAAUAG